CCCAAGUACCUACUCCAUAUCCCACAGGAAAAAGAAACUACUCCAAAAUGGAUCUCGAAACCUCCUACAACACCCACCCCGACCCCACCACCUCCUCCCCCAGCUCCCUCGCCGCCCCGCACUCCCCAACAGCAACGAUGACCCCCCCAUCCGAAAUCGAUGCCCCCCCUCCAGCAGGAACAGCAUCCACAAACGCCCUAGACGACAUCUUCGGCUCCUCCCCACCAACAGCCCCCUCCACCACCACUACCGCCCAGCAACCCUCCCAACACGACACCCCCACAUCAAAUGAACCCUCCGAGCUGCCCUCCCUCCGCAGACAACACGUCACAGCGGGCUACCGCGACGGUAUCGCAGCUUCGAAAGGCGAGCACGUGCAGGAUGGGUUUGAUGCGGGUUUCCCCGUAGGUGCGCAGCUGGGGAUGCGCGCGGGCACUGUGCUGGGUAUCUUGGAGGGGUUGGUGCGUGGGUUUGAGGCGCGGGUCGGGGGUGGGGCUGUUAAGAAGAUUCAAUCUUCUUCUACGAGUGGUGAUGGGGAUGCUGGAGUAUUAGAGGAAGAGAGGCGAGCGAAGAAGGAGGAGAUUCUGGCGCUGUAUCGACGGGCAGUGAGGGAGCUGGAUGUGCGGGGAGUGUUUGCAGGUGCGGAUGAGGCGCUGCGGGGAGAUGGACCGGGCGAAAAGGAGGAGAAGGGGGAGAAGAAACAGCCGGAGGACAGGCUUGCGAAGACAGGGGCGGGCGUUGUGGAGGGGUGGGAGACGAGGGUGCGCGUUGCGCGGUGGGAGGAGAAUAUGGAGGCGUUGGAGGAGAAGGAUCCGAGCCUAGCUGAGCUGAGCUGA